GUUAUUCGCCUCGCGGUGUGUCUAUCAGUCGAUGAUGUGCCUUUGUGCACGUACACUGUCGGUUUAAAUGGUCUGGUAGGCCGCGUUUGGGCGUGUGUUUACAAGGAAAGCGGGAACGGGGAAACGAAUUGAGUUUGGUUGGGUAAAGAACGGAGAAAAUGCGGCGGAGAGUCAUGUGCAGCGCGACGGAGCUGCUGCUGGGCCGCGGCGGCGGUGCUGCUGCUGCAAGGAUGACCCAGCUUCUGCUGCUCCCAUCGGCCACAAAGACAAUCGCUGUGGAAAGCUGCAUCCACCAAAGAUUCCGGUCUACGUCCUCGAUGUCGACUUACUCAGAGCUGGCCAGAGAGAGAUCGAAAACCGUUACCUCUUUCUACAACCAGUCUGCGAUAGAUGUGUCUGCGGAAAAGCCUUCUGUCAGACUCACACCCGGCACCUUACUCUACGCAGGCAAGUCUCCGGAUGGAAACCAUAUCUUGAGCAGUGCAAAAUAUUUGCAUAAAGAGCUGCCCGUGCGUAUCGCUCAUCGUAUUAAGGGUUUCCGCAGCCUUCCCUUCAUUAUCGGUUGUAACCCCACCAUCUUGCAAGUGCACGAGCUUUAUAUCCGGGCCUAUCAUAUGCUGAGCGAUUUCCCAGCAAUCAAAGACCAAGAAACAGAAGCUCGCUACAGCAAGCUCGUUCAACAGCUCCUCGACGAUCAUAAAGACGUGGUCACCCUGCUCGCUGAAGGAUUUAGGGAGUGUCGCAAACACAUUCACGAUGAGAUGCUGAUUCGUAAUUUCCUGGACACGACGCUGACGUCUCGUCUGGGCAUUCGCAUGCUGGCCACACACCAUCUUGCCCUGCAUGAAGAAAAUCCUGACUACGUGGGCAUUGUCUGCAGACGUCUGUCUCCUAAAAAGAUCAUUGAGAAGUGGGUGGACUUUGCAAGGCGAUUGUGUGAGCACCAAUAUGGGAAUUCUCCACGGGUUCGCAUCAACGGUCACGUUGCUGCCCGCUUCCCGUUCAUCCCUCUUCCCCUGGACUACAUCCUGCCUGAGCUACUGAAGAAUGCCAUGAGGGCCACAAUGGAGAGCCACUUGGACACUCCUUACAACGCUCCAGACGUGGUGGUUACCAUCGCCAACAAUGAUACUGACUUUGUCAUCAGGAUCUCAGAUCGGGGCGGAGGCAUUCCCCACAGCAUCAUGGAUAAAGUGAUGGACUACCACUUCAGCACGGCCGAGCAGAGCACGCAGGACCCGCGCAUGAGCAACCUCUUCAACACCAUGACCAACAGCGGCCCUCAGUCAGGCCCCAUGCACGGGUUUGGUUUUGGUCUGCCCACCUCAAGGGCAUACGCUGAAUAUCUGGGAGGCUCGCUGUCUAUCCAGUCGAUGCAGGGAAUCGGCACCGACGUUUACCUGCGUCUACGCCACAUCGACGGGAAAGGAGAAAGCUUCAGAGUGUGACGCGGUGGCCAAUUCUGCCAAUCGCGAUGAGAAUUUGUAUUUUCACCAAGGCCUGGAAGCUUCACUGUUCACAUCCUCACUGACAUUGCUUCCUGUCCUUUCUCCUUUUACAUUUCACUUUGUUUUUUGUUUUUUUUUCCACCUCCCACGUUUUUUCUCCAUGAAAGUGUCUGAAGAAAAGGAAGAAAGCGCCAUGUAGAUGUUGUAGAGAAGACUCCAAAGUUACUGAAGUGGAAACUCUUCGAAAGCUCCUGGAAGAAGAUGCCUUAGGAUAAUAAUUGAACUCAUAAAGGGCUCAGAGCUCUUUUCGGUGACUGAUGCUGAGUGAAAGGCUUGUCAUAGCGGUUAUGAGCGAUUGUGCUCUUGGGCGUAGCUGCAGAACGUACUGUACUAACUGCCUUACACCUUACAGAAACAAUGGAUCCAAGUUUGGUCCUGUUCUUCUGCAUCACCCAGUGUGUAAUUAAAAUGAUUUGAAAAUUCA